GAAAAAGAGUAAAGGCAAAUUUAAGACCUCAACACCAUUCCCAAAUUCCCAGUCUAGUGCCUUCCCAAAAAAACAGACUUGAGAAUUGGGUUUAGGGUUUGGUGAAUCAGAAAUGCUCGGAAAGGGAAGGAAAGUUUCCGGUCGCGGCGAGACCGUGGCGGCGAACUACGCCUUUGGGCCGCACGAAGAUGACGUAAUCAUCAAGCACCGCCUUCUCACCCGCACGACCACCACAAGAGGCGAACCGCCACUGAAGAAGCUCCAGAAGAAGUUCACCUCCCUCUUCGUCGAGCUCGACAAGGACGACGACGACAACCACGCCGACUGCGAGAAGCUCGCCAAGGCUUUCCUGCAGGAGCUCUCCACCUUCGAGAUCCCUCUCCUGAAGAGCAAGGCGGUUGUGGAUGCGAAUCUGAGAGAGAAGCACAACUUCGAUGAGCUGAGGGAGGAGAUCAACCGGCAGAUUCUGCAGGCGCAGAAUGACAUUGAGACUCUGAAGAAGCAGCUGGAGGAGGCGAAGAUUGAGAGGCGGCAUAAGGAGGAGUGUGAGGCCAUUCGGCGGUUGAUUGCGAUGCAGCCGCCGCGUUCUCAGACGCUGAAGAUCAUAUCGGAUUUGGAGAAGGAGAUUGCGGCGUUGGAUUCGGAGAAUACGGCCAGUUCGAGGAUGCUGGAGCUGAGGAAGAAGCAGUUUGCUCUGCUCUUACAUGUGGUGGAUGAGUUGCAGACUACUAUAGAGGAAGAGCAGAAGAGUUUAAUUGAGGAGAAGGAGCAGAGAAGUGGGAUGGAGGAUGCAAAUGGAGGACCGGAACCAAUGCAUGUUGAUUGAGGGCGUACAAUGCAUCUUGGAUUUGUAAUUGUGGAUGAGUCACAGGCUAGGGAGAGCAGAAGAAUUUAAUUGAGGAGAAAGAGCACAAGUAUGCAAUGGAGCAUGCAUGUUGGUUACGAGUGUAUGAAAGCAUCUCAGAUUUGUAAUUGUAAGAUUCUAUGCUCAUUAGUUCUAUUGAUGAAAUCAUCUACAUCUUGAUUUUAGUAACAGGCAUUCAUGAGAAUAUAGAUUUGCUGCCCUGUAGUUGUAGUAAGUAAGAAAUAUUUUGCAUUCUAAAAAAAAGUAAGAAAUCUCUCGAGUAAUCCGUAGAAUUUCUUGCACAUUGCACAAACAUGUUCAUAUAGUGAUAGAAGUUUGCCAAACUUUUUUCUUGAAUAAUUUGCAUUUGCCAUUAGCAGUGUAACAUUACAAUGCAUUCAGAUACAUAAUUGGAAGCUGAAAAUGCAUAAUUUCAGCAUAAAUUUUGUGCGUACCUAUUUGCUCAAGUUUUCUGCCACCUAAAGAUUGUAUGGUUCGAUGAGUUGUGGAACCUGUGGUAUGCAAUGUUGGUUCAGUGAUUUCUCGGUUUCAGAGAAAUGUUACACUAUUGGGACAAAAUGAUUUAUAUUAUGUUUUUAAGUAACCCUGCUUGUAUCUAUAUUUGCUUCGCUUGUGAGGUUUCUCUAGUGAUUGUCCAGAAUAGGUGGUGGGAGACUAGUUUGUUAAAAAAACUAUAUUCCCAAUGAUAUCUUAUCUUUCAGUUGAAUCUCCCUGGAGUAUGUAAAUUAAUAGUCACAGUGAUAGGUUUUGUGCUUUCUAUGAGAGUGGGGCUGCUGAGAACGGGAUUGAGAGGACUUGUCUUAUGGCUUGGGUAAUUAGGAUGACGUGGGGAUACUUUGUGGCUAGCAUUUCGUCUCACAUUUUUAGUUUAUAUUGUACAUUGUUUCUUCGUAAUGGUUUAAAUAUUGAUAUCCUUUACCUAGUGUUUCAUAAUGGUCUUUGUAUUGGUGUUGCUUGUAUUACCUUCUAUUCUACAAGCCCAAGCCAAAUCAAUUACGACAGAACUACAUAAAAGGUGAUGGGGUACAAACAAAACCUUGGGGACUUCCUUACCCAUCUAACCGUAGGCAAAAACAUAGUUUAGGGGUAAUGACCUUGGAAAAAAAAAAAAAA